AUGCGGCGGGGCAACAUCGCCUUCAUGCUGUCGGCGGUCUCUGGGUCGCGAAGUCGAUCCCGAGAAAAGCAGCGUUGUGGCCGUGACAUGACUUCGCGAAGUGUUUUGAAAACUCUUUUGAAAUGUAAUCUUUCGAAAUUUUCAGCUUCUAGAGCCUACAGAGAGAAAUAACAAUGUUCGUGGGCCUUGAAGAAGGUGAACAACUUCACGAACACCGACCGGAACAGCUUCCGUUUUGUAGGGGUGAGAAUUUUAUCGCGUUGUGUAAUAUAAGAGAAACUUUUCAGCUCUCCUAUAGGCUUGGCUCUUUGAAAGGAGAUAGGCGGAUGCGUGUUCGCCCAGCCAACAAAUCCGGAGAAGAAGAGAACGUAGGGCAAUGCAGGAUGUCAAAGACAUCUGCAGUUCUCUCCGGCACCACGGAGAUCGUCCCUGUUUGCGGACCAGCCCAUGCAGGGAUAAAGGGAUCCAAGAAUUUUUCCAGAACUACUCUGGAGAAAAGGUUGGUCUCUGGUUCAGGGUCUCAUACCUAAUAGAAUAUAGAAAAAUUUUUAUAUCAAAAAAACUUAUUUCAUUCCUUGAAAUAGAAAAACUAAGAAAUUGAUCACCUUUCAAAAACCUCUAUAGAAAAAAAUGAAGAUUUUCCAAUGGUUUUCAAUAAUCAAUCGUGAAUUUUUUUCCAGUCUCUGCGCAACCACGGAGAUCGGCCGUCCAUGCGCAUCAGCAAUCGGAGGGAAUAAGGACUGCAAAGACGUCGAGCGCCACUUUGGAAAUAAGGUUAGUCAUCAUUAAAAAAAGAGUUGAUACCUAAACUGGAACCAUCUCAUCUCACUGUUUAUAAAAUGUUUCUAGUCUGAAAUGAAUUCAGCUGUUACAGAGUCUCAAUUUUACCGAAAGUAGCUUCUGGAAUGAGAUAUUUUUUUGUCAAUUCAAAAAAACUCAUUCCAUCACUUGAAAUAGAAAAAAAUAUAGGAGAUUGAGCGCCUUUCAAAAACCUCUACAGAAAAAAUGAAUAUUUUUCAACGUUUUUCAAUAUUCAAUCGUGAAUUUUUCUAGUUUCUGCGCAACGAAAAAAAAGUUAAGAAAUUGUGCGCCAUUCGAAAACGCUAUAGAAAAAUGAAUAUUUUACAAUGUUUAAUUGCGAUUUUUUUUCAGUCUUCUCCGCACCAUGGAGAUCGGCCCAGUUUGCGGGUCAGCCCGCGAAGGGCUCCAGGACUUUUAUCAAUACUACCUUGGAGAAAAGGUUGGUCUUUGGUUCGGGCUUUCAUACCUAAUAUUGAGAUGAAUUUCAGGUCAAGCCUUGAAGAGCAGACGGGUGCCUGACUGAAGCUCCUUGGAAGAGUUGUUGGGUUCCCGGCUGCAGCCCCUCCCCAGAGAUCGGCCUUCGUGGCGGGAGAGCCCGUGCAGGGAUGGAGGGCUCCAGCAAUUUUUCCAAUACUACCCUGGAGAGAAGGUUGGUCUUUGGUUCGGGCUUUCAUACCUAAUAUUGAGAUGAAUUUCAGGUCAAGCCUUGAAGAGCAGACGGGUGCCUGACUAAAGCUCCUUGGAAGAGUUGUUGGGUUCCCGGCUGCAGCCCCCCUCCCCAGAGAUCGGCCUUCGUGGCGGGAGAGCCCGUGCAGGGAUGGAGGGCUCCAGCAAUUUUUCCAAUACUACCCUGGAGAGAAGGUUGGUCUUUGGUUCGGGCUUUCAUACCUAAUAUUGAGAUGAAUUUCAGGUCAAGCCUUGAAGAGCAGACGGGUGCCUGACUAAAGCUCCUUGGAAGAGUUGUUGGGUUCCCGGCUGCAGCCCACCUCCCCAGGGAUCGGCCCAGUUUGCCGGUCAGCCCGCGCAGGGAUAG